CCAAAUUUUAAAAUCAAAGCUCAGUGAAAAAUCUUGUAUUGCAGAGUAACAAGCGUGUUCCAAAAUGACCAUCACCGAUUACGUGUCGGCCUUGUCGGACAAUCCGUACUUUGGUGCCGGUUUCGGCUUGUUUGGCCUCGGCGCUGGCGCUGCGAUGUUACGUAAAGGCUUGCAAGGAGCGUUGAUAAUGUUUCGUCGGCACUACAUGAUAACACUGGAGGUUCCUUGCCGGGAUAAAUCCUACCAGUGGGUAUUGCAGUGGAUCACCCAGAAGGGCGCCAAACAUACGCAACAUUUGAGUGUGGAAACAUCGUUCCAGCAACGUGAUACGGGUCACAUCAAUACCAAAUAUGAUUUUAUUCCUUCCAUCGGUACCCACAUUAUGCGAUACGGAGGGACGUGGAUCAAGGUGGACCGAGCCAGAGAACAACACACACUGGAUUUGCACGCGGGAAUACCGUGGGAAACUGUACAGUUGACUGCCUUUGGACGGGACAAGAACUUGUACUUCAAAAUAUUGGAAGAAGCCAGGCAACUAGCCCUGAAGAACACGGAGGGGAAAACUAUAAUGUACAGUGCCAUGGGAUCCGAGUGGCGUCCAUUCGGUCAUCCCAGAAAACGGCGACCGUUGAAAUCCGUUGUAUUGGACGACGGUGUGUCAGAUCGAAUUCUGAAGGACUGCCGAGAGUUUAUCCAUAAUCCUCAGUGGUACGCAGACCGGGGAAUACCGUAUCGCCGGGGUUACCUCCUGCAUGGGCCACCUGGUUGUGGCAAAUCGAGUUUCAUCACUGCUUUGGCAGGUGAAAUAGAAUUCGGCAUUUGUCUGCUAAAUCUGUCCGAGCGAGGCUUGACGGACGAUCGGUUGAAUCAUCUGAUGAACGUGGCACCUCAGCAGUCGAUCAUACUGCUAGAAGACAUCGACGCCGCUUUCGUAUCGCGUGAGGAUACCAAAAUGCAAAAGGCCGCAUAUGAGGGCCUGAACCGGGUUACGUUUAGCGGUUUGUUGAAUUGUCUGGACGGAGUGGCAUCGACGGAGGCGAGAAUCGUCUUCAUGACUACCAACUAUCUGGAUAGGCUAGACCCUGCUUUGAUCCGACCGGGCCGAGUGGAUGUCAAAGAAUACGUCGGGUAUUGCACCGGACAUCAGUUGGAGCAAAUGUUCAUGCGGUUCUACACCGACGAGGAAGCCGUGGCCAAUUCGAAAAUAUUUACUGAAAACGUGCUAAGCGAGGGACGGAAUGUCAGUCCCGCACAGGUUCAGGGAUACUUUAUGAUGCACAAAACGUCCGAUCAGCAGACGGUGGUGGAGAAUGUGAAGAAAAUUUGGGAUAGCUUGUGAUCGACGGGUGUAGGGACAGUAAGAUAAUAGACAAGUAUUUUAACAAAUAAAAGAAUCCGGAAUACCUGU